CAGAGGGUUGCCCGUGUCCCCGCCGCGGCCACGCCUCUCUCGUUAGCAGGGCCUCCACCCCGAAAGCCCCCCGCCCUUCCGCUCCGGAGUCAACCUCGGCGGUCGGGCCCCAUCAUCGCCACCCGUGCAGGCACCCCUGCCUGCUCGGCCUCAUCGCUUGGUCCGCACUCGUUGCGGUCGCUGCACCCCUGUCGUCUGGGGGCCUUUCAUCCUCGCUCCUGUUCUCGACCCUGCCUCUGUCCCGCCCACCUUCCGAGGCAUGCUCACUUCCCGAGGGAUGGGUCGAGUAGGAUCGGCGGAUGUGCCUCGUGGGUCUCCCCGACGUCCGUGGUGAACUUCAUGCAGAAGCACGGAGUGGAAUGCCCCGCCGGGGGCAGCUCGGUCAUGAUCUCCGAGGACGCGGAGGAUUGCCGGCUGGCGGCGCCAUUCGCGGUCAGCUCCGCGUCGAAGGGGCAGUCCUGCAUCACCCGCGACGCGGCCGAGGCGGCGUGCGAGGACGUGCUCGGCAGGUGGUGGAGCCUCAAGUUCGGCGCGGACCAGGUGCUCACGAGCUUCUUGCAGGAGAAGCUUGCGCGGGACCUGCGGGACAAGGCCUUGCUGGAGUGGGCGCUGCAGAACCGGGGGCACGCGGAAACGACGGCCAAGGAGGACGUCCUUGCCUGGGUCGUGCCCAAGUGCAUCGAGAUUUCCCUCCGCAAGUUCGCGGGAGGCCAGAUCACCGCCGAGGGCGGGGCUGGGCUGCUGACCGACCUCUUCGGGAAGAACGAGCUCCAGCAGCCGCCCUUCAGCCUGCCGGCCGUGACGUAUGGGCAUCUCCGCCACGACGUUGCAGCCGAGAUGAAGCUGGCCAUGCACGUGCCUGUGUCCGUGGGCGGCACCAAGCGGCUCGAGCACCCUGGCUUCAGUAGCUACCGGCGCCAGCUCGGCGUCCCAGACGACUUUCUAGAGGCCUUUCACUGGCAGCCAGAUGCGGGUAUCGACGCAGGUUCGGGCUCUCUCUUCGCGUCCUACUUGGCCUUCAUGAUCAAGUGCGAGGACUCGCGCGACUGGCACUCGACAGUCGACUGGCGGACCUUCCACGUCAUAGCGGACGAGUAUUUCAAGUUCAUGCAGGAAAACCCCGAUAGUCUUUUGCCGCGCUUCCUCACGGCGUGGUCGAUGGAUGCCGGAAGCGAUGGCAGGAUGAUGUUUUGCUGGGCCAUGCAGGAUUGGACCCCUUCCAGCUGGAAGGAGAACCCAGACUGGCAGGCAUCGCGCGAGGCCGCGUCUCUUUCGUGGGACUUGAAGGGUUCAAUCAUUUACUGGAAGAAAGGUGACACCAACAAUCGCCUGGUCACGCGGGGGACGAAAGUGUUCCAUCCAGAUGACAGGCUGAUGUUGAAGGACCAGAACUUUGUCACCGACCAUCUCUUGGUCUUGCCUCGCGACACGGCUGAGAUGCUGCAUGAACAGGUGGACAAGGAUGUGGCUUGGCUGCAGUCGAACAUGUUAAUGGACUAUUCGUUUUUCUUGUUCCUUGUCGACGUGGAUGCCGAGGACGCUGUUAGCUUGUCCCAUGUCUGCCCGGCCGAAGGCCACUUCGAGCCCAAGUUCCUCACCGCGGCGUUUUUCCAGCGGGACGCGGGCUUCACUGCGACGGUGCCGUCUUGGGAUGGUAACCUUUACCUCUGGUCGAUGGGCCUGAUCGACAUCUUGCAGCCCUGGUCCCUCUUCAAGGCCAUCGGCACCGCCGUCGACGAGCUCUUAUUCCCUGAUUCCGUCGGUACAUUUGCGAUGAACAACAUCGCUCCCAGCCAGUACGGGCCCCGCUUCAGCCAGUUCUUGAAGAACAUCACCUACUCUUCGCACACGGUGACGUACCCGAACGGGACGACGGAGGCAUUCGAGGCAGAGCACGUCUACAAGAAGUGCGCCGACUUCCGAGCCAGGGAGGCGAAGGAGAAGAACCCCCACCUCCCGUUCUGCGAGGACCUGCGCCUCGAGGCCGCCCUGCCAGAGACGACGCGGCUCCUCCGCGCGGCGGCCACUCCGUUCACGGAGGAGGAGGUCAGGGCCGCGCGGAGGGAGGCUCACGCCGACACUGCGCCCUGCCAGGACCAUCCCGUCGCCGUUUACGUCAUCGGGCCCUCCUCGGUCGGCAAGUCCACCGCGUCGGAGACCCGUCUCCAGGACAUGGGCCUGGACGAGAAGGAGGCCGUAGUGGUGGACGGGGACAUCUGGAGGAGUCACCACUCGGGAUUCAAUAAACUGGUGGAUUUCGGGAAGAAGUACAACUGUGUCUUCAAGGGUGCGUGGGACGGCGUGAUCAAGUAUUCCAAGGCGGAGAAGAAGAAGCUCUUCGAGUUUGCUGCUGAUCCCGAGUGCCGGGAGUUCGACCCCUUCGGCAUGGAAGCCUGGCUCCACGAGGCGAAAGUGAAGGUGUUUCACAUCUCUGGCCUGACGCCGGAGGAGUUCCACGGGGCCGAGAAGGUGCAGUUUGUCGACGGCGGCAGCCUUCUCGCGGAGUCGUUUUGUGCUGACAUGCUCACGUACUCUUGGGAGGACGAGGGGCCCCACCCGCAGUACGAGGAGAUUCUGGAGCAGCUCACUGCGCUUUGCUCGGAGCGGAAGAACCAGAAGAUCAAGGAGGGGACCGUGGAGGUCAGGUUCGACGCAAUGAACCCGGACACCAAGGGCGGGAGCGACUUGUACACGCUGAGCCCGACGGGGCCCCUCAAGUACAGAGUCAUGGUCAAGUCUCUGCACGAGUGGGAGCACGACUUCUGGAGGCGGAACUUCGGCAGGGAGAGGCGGGGCGAGCUCUGGGAGCGCGACCGGAGCUACAUAGUUCCCUUCGGGCAUGUGUGGCAAGCCUACGGCAAGACCUGGGGCCUGGAAGCGAAUGCCCUUCAUGGGAACAGCGAUUCGGACUACGACGUAGAGCCAAUAUUGUAUGAUAUCAAGGGCGUGCCGGUGUUGCGUUACUUCAAGUACGAUGGCAUGCGCCGUGACCCGAAUUGGAUUGCUGACUAUCUGUAA